GCACACGUUUUUAUUUGGUCCAUCAAUCGAUAUAUGAUAUAAUUGUUUCGUGAUAUUGAAAAAUUUUCUUGAUUUAUUCUGAAAAAAAUGCCACCAAAAAAGAAGCCUGAUACAAGUAAAAAAGCCGAUCAAAAGAAAAAGGAGAAAAUAAUUGAGGAUAAAACAUUUGGUUUGAAAAAUAAAAAAGGUGCCAAAACACAGAAAUAUAUCCAACAGGUUCAACAUCAAGUGAAAUAUGGCAACGCACCGAAAAAACAUCAAGAUCAACCAACUUUAUCGAAAAAAGAUGAAAAGAAAAAAGAGCUCGAAGAAUUGAAUCAAAUUUUUCGACCAGUAGCAUCGCAAAAAAUCGACAAAGGUGUUGAUCCAAAAUCGGUGUUAUGUGCCUUCUAUAAAUCGGGGCAAUGUUCGAAAGGUGAUAAAUGUAAAUUUUCACAUGAUUUAACCAUCGAACGUAAAAGUGAAAAGAAAAGCCUAUAUUUCGAUGCACGAAACGAAGAUGACAAUAUGGAAAAUUGGGAUGAAGAUAAGCUGAAAGAGGUGGUCGAAAAGAAACAUGGUGAACGGGAGAAAAAACUACCAUCCACGGAGAUCAUCUGCAAAUAUUUCCUCGAAGCUAUCGAAUCGAAUAAAUAUGGUUGGUUUUGGACUUGUCCAAAUGGUGGUGAUAAUUGCCAUUAUCGACAUGCGUUACCGCCUGGAUUCGUGCUGAAAAAGGAUAAAAAGAAAGAGAAAAAAGAGGAUAUCACCAUUGAAGAAUUGGUCGAAAUUGAACGCAGCAAAUUGGGCUAUAAUCUUGCAAAAAUAACGCUUGAAAGUUUUAACGAAUGGAAAAAGAAGAAAAGGAAGGAGAAACAAGAAAAAGAUCGUUGUGAAAUGGAUAGGAAAAAAGCUGAAUAUAAAGCGGGCAAGAAUAUUGGACUCAGUGGUCGUGAAAUGUUUACAUUCAAUCCGGAUCUGGCCGCUGAUAAUGAUAUGGAUGAAGGUGAAGCAGCCAUGGAUAUUGUACGCGAACAAGAGGAUAAUGAUGAUAAUGACAUUGUCAAAGAGAUCGAUAUCGAGGAGAUUACACAUAUGGCCAAAGAAUCUGAUAAUUCUGGUACACAAUGUGCGGAUAUGAAACGAAAUUUUACACAAUCCGAUGAUGAUACUGAUAAGCAACAACAAAGGAUAACUAACAAUGAAUCAAUCAAUGAACCAAUCGAUGAAUCAUUAUUUGCCGAAGAAGCCGAACUAUUGGAAGAUCUAGAAAAUGAACUAGAAGCUGUCAAAAUUUAAAAUUAAAAAAAAAAUUAUUUAAAAUUUU